AUGGAAGUCAUGAUUCCCAAAGCUGCAAAUUCCAUUCCUGAAGAAGCGAAGGCAUUUGAGGCAACAAAAGCUGGUGUCAAGGGACUAGUGGACUCUGGUGUGACCAAGAUUCCCUGGUUCUUUGUCCACCCACAAGAAGAUGUCCAGAAGUCACCGCCCGAGACUGACAACCCCAGCCUUCAGGUUCCGAUCAUAGACUUGGAAGGGUUUGAAAGAUCCCGGCGACUGGAGGUAGUCAAUGAGAUCCGCAAAGCAUCAGAAGAAUGGGGUAUCUUUCAAAUUGUUAACCAUGGAACUCCAGUUACUGUCCUGGAAGAGAUGUUAGCAGCCACUCUGACUACAAAACCAUCACUUUGGAAGGAUUCAGUAUCAUUUGGUUGUCAAGAUGGCAAACUAGACGCCGAUCUCAUUCCUCAAAUUUUAAGAGAAGAGAUUACGGAAUACCUGAGUCAUAUGAAAAAAAUCAGCAAGAUACUUUCUGAACUCUUAUCAGAGGCACUUGGACUUCGUCAUGACUAUCUUUCAAGCAUAGAAUGCAUGGAUACCAAAGUGAUAGCCUGCAAUUAUUACCCCCGUAGCCCUGAACCAGGCUUGACAAGGGGCGCCAGCAAUCAUACAGACCCCUCUUUACUGACUAUACUUCUGCAGGACAACAUGGGUGGCCUCCAAGUUCUUCAUCAGAAUCAAUGGGUUGAUGUCACCCCCAUCCAGGGAGCACUUGCAGUAAAUAUAGGAGACUUGAUGCAGCUUAUCACCAAUGACAAGUUCAAAAGUCUGCAGCACAGAGUUUUGUCUGCAGAAGUCGGACCCCGGAUAUCAGUUGCUUGCUUUCUCUAUCCAAGUUCAGCAAAAAAAUAUGAGCCAUAUGGGGUAAUAAAGGAACUUCAACUUGAAAGCCCACCCAUCUAUAGGGAAACUUAUAGUGCUGAACUUCGGGAGGAAUACUAUGUAUUAGGACCAACUCCCUCGACCCUUUCUCGUUUCAAAGUGGGAAAUAUAUGA